UCAUUAACAUCAAAAAGUGAGGUUUUCCUUUGUGCUGGUCGGUGCUGCUGGGAGUCCAGGAAGUAAAUCGGAGCGAAUUUUAUUGACGUUUGCGACUGGACGAGAAAAUGCAAGCUGAGGUACGGAAACGUCAAAGCAAUAAACCCCAAUCGUCAACAGACCCAAGCCAGCCUGGGUCAAAGCAUAUAGGGCCAUCACUGAAGGGACCAAAGUUCCACUUUCAACUAUGGUUCUUCCUCACAGUGCAGAACUGGAUACUGGACUUUGGAAGGCCCAUUGUAAUGAUCAUUCUCCCCCUGGAGUGGUUCCCCCUGAACAAGCCCAGUGCUGGAGACUACUUUCAUAUGGCUUACAAUGUCAUCACGCCGUUCCUUCUCCUCAAGCUGAUUGAGAGGAGUUCCAGGGCCCCGCCCCGCUCUGUUGUGUUCCUGGGCGUCGUCACCUUUGUGAUGGGCGCCAGCAUCCACCUGGUGGCAGACUCCAUCAACCACCGCCUCCUGCUGAGUGGCUACCAGCUCCACCUGUCUGUUAGAGAGAACCCCAUCAUCAAGGACCUCAAGCCUGCUACCCUGAUUGAUUCAUUUGAGCUUCUUUAUUUCUAUGACGAACAGCUGGGGCAUUUAAUGUGGUAUAUUCCUUUCUUCAUCAUUCUCUUCCUCUACUUCACUGGCUGCUUCAGUCAAGUUAAUGAGGACCAGAAGAUGCCCGUCUCUGGUUGGAUGCUACUUGGGCCCAGUGCCCUCUACUACUGGUACUUGGUGACUGAGGGACAGAUUUUUGAACUUUUCGUCCUCACCUUCCUUGCCAUGGUUGCCACGGUGAUCCACCGGCGGCGCAAGGGCUUGGUCCCGGACCCCAAUGGCCACUUCCUGUUCCUCAGCUUCUCUGCGACCAUGUGUCUGGUGGCUGUCUGGGUGGCAUGGCUGUGGGGUGAUCCGGUGCUGCGUAAGAAAUACCCCGGCCUGCUCUACGUCCCGGAGCCCUGGGCUUAUUACACUCUGCACGUCAAGGACAGACACUGACAGGGUGUCCGCAGGCGAGUUGUCACGGGAGAUGCUGAUCCGUGUUAAGGUACCAGCCGCUUGUGGCGUUUUUGGACUUAACCCGAUGUUCUACAGAAAUGUCUCAGACCUUCAUGAAACAAGUCUCACAAACUUUUCUACAUCUCAGGUAAAGUUUGCAUUUUUGUGGGAGGAAAAAAACAUAUGAAGUCUAUAUUUUAGAUGAAAAAUUAUCUGGAAACAGGCAAAACUUACAAUUUACCCUAUGUUAGACACAUACAACCAUAACAAAGUCUGGAAUUUAAACAAGCAGAACAGUGCCGACAUCCCAAUUCCUUUUAAAAUUCUGCAUAUAUUAUUUCAAUAUAAAUCAAUUAAUCAGUUGGGCGGUUUGGUUGCUUAUUGGAGUGGAAUGAUUAAUUCAGUCCAUUUAGUUGAUAUUAAUUAAUCUUCUGUUUCUCUGGAAACUACAGACCUGUUUCUCUGGAAACUACAGGCCUGUUUAUGUGGAAUCUAAUGUCAGGUAUUUUCCUGAAGUACUCAAUGGCAUUGUCAGCGAGCACCACGUCCAGUGUUUUGGUGCAUUCUGGGCCGGGCCCCUCUUUUCUAUACCACUCCCCUGAACCCAAAACCUGAAAUCCACAUGAAAUUCUGUCCUAUCUCAUGUUAGUGUUCAUUUAAAAUGAGCAAUUAUUUAAAAUGAACUUAAAGGUCAGUGUCCGAUGUACUCAAACAUUAUUGUAUUGCUUUCGUGUAAGUUGUUUAAAUGUUUUUAAUACCUGAUAUUUUUGUAAUAAAUGU